AUGACAGAACUUCGAACAGAUUCUUUGGACUACCGGACGGAGCUGUUGUCGCCGGACGUGACAGGAGGGCCUGUGGCACUGCCAAGUGAUUCACCGGCAUGGCGGCUCAAUAUGGAGGGAAUCAAGCUUCCAGCUGAGAGAAACAAUAUGAGUUCUUGUUUUGGCUUAGGCUCUUAUGUUCAGUCAUUGAGGAGGCAGAAGAAAAUUGCAGAAUAUUACAAGAGGCAGAAUAAACUUCUCAAAGGAUUCAAUGAAUUAGACUCAUUUACUGAAUUGGGUUCUUGGCCUGGAAGUUUAACAGAGGAUGAGAAGACACAGCUAGCAAGCAAUGAAAGGAUAGCAAUAUAUGCAUCGAAUGCGGCUAACUUGGUGCUGUUUCUAGCAAAAGUGUAUGCUUCAGUUGAGAGCAGAUCCUUGGCAGUAAUAGCUUCAACUUUGGAUUCUCUAUUAGACCUCUUGUCAGGGUUCAUCCUCUGGUUCACAGCUCAUGCAAUGAGAAAACCAAAUCAGUAUAACUACCCGAUUGGCAAGCAUCGGAUGCAGCCUGUGGGAAUUGUGGUUUUUGCAUCUGUAAUGGCAACUCUUGGACUACAAAUUUUGUUUGAAUCAGGGCGGCAACUUGUCACCAAGACACAACCUGAUAGGGACCCGGAGAAAGAAAAAUGGAUGAUAGGGAUCAUGGUCUCUGCCACAGUAAUCAAGUUUGUACUAAUGGUCUACUGUCGCAGAUUCAAAAACGAGAUUGUUCGAGCAUAUGCUCAAGAUCAUCUAUUUGAUGUCAUUACUAAUGGAAUUGGUCUUGCAUCCGCAGUUUUAGCAAUCAGGUUUUACUGGUGGAUCGAUCCUCUUGGAGCUAUCAUUAUUUCUUUGUAUACAAUUGGGAAUUGGGCGAAAACUGUGAUGGAGAAUGUUUGGUCACUAAUUGGCAAGACAGCACCAGCUGAGUACUUAGCUAAGUUAACAUAUCUAAUUUGGAACCAUGACAAGCAGAUCAAGCACAUUGACACAGUGAGAGCAUAUACAUUUGGUAUCAACUACUUUGUGGAGGUUGACAUAGUCUUACCCGGAGAGAUGUCCCUCAGUGAAGCACAUAAUAUCGGAGAGGCACUCCAAGAGAAGCUUGAGAAUCUUCCUGAGGUUGAACGAGCUUUUGUGCAUGUCGAUGUUGAUAUCACUCACAAGCCAGAGCACAAGCCAAAGAGUACAUGAAGAUGGGAAUAACAACUCCAUGUUUAAUAAACUCAUUGUAAUCUCGAAGAAUUCGAGCUAUUUCAUUAAAGAGAUCAAUUUUAUUUCUUGGUUCACCU